ACUACAUGAUUUUACUUGCAGGGAAGGGGUCCAGUUCAUGUUUGACUGUGUCUCAGGUGCACUUAGUACCUUCAACAUUAAUGGGUGCAUUUUAGCUGAUGAUAUGGGUUUGGGGAAGACUCUGCAAUCAAUCACACUGCUUUACACUCUUCUUCGCCAGGGAUAUGAUGGAAAACCAAUGGUUAGGAAGGCAAUAAUUGUGACCCCUACCAGUCUCGUCAGUAAUUGGGAGGCCGAAAUUAGUAAGUGGGUUGGAGAAAGAGUUAAAUUUGUUGCUUUAUGUGAAAGCGCCAGAGAUGAUGUUGUGUUCGGCAUAGAUAGUUUUAUCAAUCCCUAUAGUAAUAUACAGGUAUUAAUUGUUUCCUAUGAGACAUUUCGAAUGCAUUCGUCAAAAUUCAGUUAUUCUGGAUCAUGCGACCUUCUCAUAUGUGAUGAGGCUCACAGACUGAAAAAUGAUCAAACACUGACUAAUCGAGCGUUGGCUGCUCUAGCAUGCAAGCGCCGGGUUCUGCUAUCAGGGACACCAAUGCAAAAUGAUCUAGAAGAGUUUUAUGCCAUGGUUAAUUUCACCAAUCCUGGUAUCUUGGGUGAUGCUGCACGCUUUCGGCGUUAUUUUGAG